UAACCUCUCGUUGAGCUUGAGCUUGUGCAUAUUGUUAACAAAUUCAAUAUUUUGCAGCGAAAUUAUUCCAGGAACCAAUUCAUUCUCAAUAUGUCCGGAGAUCAUUUCUUACCCAUCCAAGAAGAUUUUUCAACCAUUGCUAUUCAUGAAGCUCAAGAGCCAGAACAAUGGUCUUGUAUGGAAGUUGUUACCCCAAUUUCAACAUCUACAACAUAUAAACAAAGACGACCCGCUGAUUUCAAGAAAUAUGAAUACAGUAGAAGUGGAAAUCCUACCAGAGAAGUUCUGGAAAAGGUUAUAGCUAAACUAGAAGAUGCUAAAUAUGGAUAUUGUUUCAGUUCAGGUUUGGGAGCCAACACCACUCUUCUAGGACUAUUGAAAUGUGGAGAACAUAUUCUCUGCAUCAAUGAUGUUUAUGGAGGCACCAACAGAUUAUUCUCUAAAGUUGCUAGUAGGUUUGGAAUAGAAACUAGUUUUUCGGAAAUAGAGGCUGAAAGUUUUGAGAAAAAUAUGAGGCCAAAUACUAAAAUGAUAUGGAUUGAAACCCCUACUAAUCCCACUCUUCAGGUAUGUGAUAUUGCCAAAGUUGCUGAGAUUUCAAAAAAGCAUAAUGUGAUCCUCGUUGUUGAUAAUACCUUUUUGACGCCAUAUUUUGAAAAACCUUUAACGUUAGGAGCAGAUGUUGUGGUACAUUCACUAACUAAAUAUAUGAAUGGCCAUUCUGAUGUUGUCAUGGGUGCAUGUAUGACAAAUAAUGAGGCAUUAUCCAAAGAAAUUAAGUUUUUGCAAAAUGCUAUGGGUAUAGAGGCUGUAAAAGUGCUGAAUGAGCAAGUGAUGCCGAAGUUCACUCAAAGAGUUCAAGUAGCCGUUCAAGCUUUGUCCAGCUAUCCGCCAAAAGAGGUGGAUGAAAAUGAUUUUAUAGAUGCUUCAAGACUUAUUUAUGACGGAGUACGAGAGAUACGAAGAGCAGUUCUGAUGAAUAGGGCUGAUGAGGAUUUGGAUCCUGAAGAUGUUGAACUGGAUGAAAAUUACACAUUGGAAACUAGAAGUAAAUCAAGUGCUCAUACAGGAGAACACGGUGUUGAUGAAUAUCCGGAUAUUAGUGGAAUAACAACAGCCAGAGAGGCAAUGGGCAAAAUGCCUGAUGAAGAUAAAAAGAAAAUUUUGCAACAGGUGGAAUUCUUCAGGAGUGAAAAAUUGAAGUUUGACAAAGAGGUAGCAAAGUGGGACGAUGCUGGCAAUGACAUAAUCGUGUUGGCCAAACAUAUGUGCAUGAUAAUGAUGGAGAUGACUGAUUUUACUCGUGGACGUGGACCCUUGAAGACAACUAUGGACGUAAUUAAUGCUGCUAAAAAAAUUUCUGAAGCCGGAACAAAGUUGGACAAACUGACUCGACAAAUAGCAGAGCAAUGUCCCGAAAGUUCCACCAAGAAGGACUUGCUGGCUUAUCUACAAAGAAUUGCACUAUACUGUCACCAAAUGAAUAUAACAUCGAAAGUGAAGGCAGAUGUUCAAAAUAUUUCUGGCGAGCUCAUCGUUUCAGGCUUGGAUAGUGCAACUUCAUUAAUUCAAGCAGCCAAAAAUUUGAUGAAUGCAGUUGUAUUGACUGUUAAGGCCUCUUACGUGGCAUCAACGAAAUACCCAAGACAAACUGGAACUGUGGCGUCUCCGAUUGUGGUUUGGAAGAUGAAAGCACCGGAGAAAAAACCUUUGGUAAGACCAGAAAAACCAGAAGAAGUUCGAGCCAAGGUGAGAAAAGGCUCACAGAAGAAGGUUCAAAACCCUAUUCAUGCACUGUCAGAGUUUCAGAGUGCAACUGAAUCGAUAUAAUUUCCCAUGAUGAAAAUAUUCUCGAGAGUAGA